AUGCAAAUUACAUACAAAGCAGCUGAGGGUUUCUUCUUACUAGCACCGAUUAUUCUUUCUUAUAUCUAUAAGAGUAAGAUUAACAGUUUAUUAGCCGAUAACAUUUUCUAUUUUAGGGUAGCAUUUGUACUAUCAGUCUUAUUAGAUUUAGGAAUAGCUUAUGCUAUCAAGUUAAGAGUAGCUAAAUUACAAGUUGGUACUAAGAUUCGCUUUGUUAGUGAUGAUUACGUCACUGUAACUAAAGAGGCUAAACCGGCUGAGAAUAAGACUGAAGAGAAUAAGGGAGGAGAAGAAGGUGAAGGUGAAGGUGAAGUUGAGACAGAAAUGACUGUUUGUGAGUAUGAUACUAAGGUGAUUAAUACUCAUAUCUCUAAGAUCUUAUCUAGUGCUUUAAUUCAUACGGCUAUUCAUUUAGUAGUUAAAACACCUCAACCUAUUAUGAUGCUUAUUCUAAACCCAUUAAAGAAUAUGUUCUUCUUCCCGAUGUACAUUGAGUAUGUACGUGGUCGGUCAAUGCUCAGACCUUUCUCUAGGAAUGUUAUGUUUGAGAUUGGAGAGAAGAAGAGUACUGAGGAGGGAGAAGAGAAGGUAGGAGAAGAAGAAGAGGAGAAGGAGAAGAAAACAACUACUCCGCCUAAGAAGGAUAAGAAGUUGAAGAAAGAAGAGUAA